GGAAGAGAAAGCUUCUGGUUUAAAGUGUUUAGAGGAACCACAUGACCGGAACCAGGCUGUGGUAGGCGGGUCUAGGAGAGAUAUUCCAAAGAUCCAGGUGAGAGUGACAGGAAAUCCCACCAUUCCUCUUGCUCCGUGAGUGGUUCCUAACCCUCAACUAGGGGUCUUAGUUCUCUCUGAUCCCGGGAAACUCUACUCAUUCUGGUUUCCUGGAUGCGGCCCUGGAGAGUGCAGCAGCGGGAACCGCAACCCUGCGGCCCUGGAACCUCCCAGUUCUGGGUGCUUUCUGAAGACUCUUCCCCAUAUGCAGGGAUCACACUCUUCAGAUAGCCUCGGUCACCUGUGUAUCUGAACUAAGAGCCCUGGAUGAUGAAGAGAGGAAACUGUAGCAAAGGAUCCAGAAAUUUAAUGAAGAGCAACAAGAAGAAUGACUGCUUCUCUGGUAAAUGUGUCCAAGUGUCUGCUAACAUUCAGGGAUGUGGCUGUGGAGUUCUCAAUGGAGGAAUGGGAAUGUCUCAACUAUUCCCAGAAGACAUUGUAUAGAGAUGUGAUGAUGGAAAAUUACAACAAUCUAUUCUUUGUGGAGAAUCACUGUAAAUAUAAGAAGGUAUUGGAUCAAGACCCGAAUUCUAUUGUCCAUAAUGUGAUUAUCUAUGAAAAGUCAUAUGAAUGUAAUGAGCUUGUCAAAAUGACUCAUGAAUCCUCCCAAGAUUUCAAGAUCUCUGAGAAAGAACUCAUAGGAUGAAACUUAAGUUUAAAGGAUGAAAAACAACUUUGUUUCCUUUGCCAGUUGAAGCAAUGCUGCAAAAGGUGAAAACCAAGGCUGGAGUUAUUAAAUGCCUAAACUACAUUUGUCUGAACUCUGUAGAUUUUCUGUUACACAAGGCAUUAUCACGUAAUUGCUUUUGAUCUUUUG